CCUCUCCUUCUCUCUUUUCUAACAAUUUCACGUUUUUUUUUUCUCUCUCAGUAUAAAUACUCUUCUCCUUCCUCCUCUGCUUUCAUUUCAUAUGCUCCUCCUCGACAAUAACAUGGCCGUGGAGCUUAUGGUGGGGUUUGGGGAUGCUACCACCGCUACUAAUUUCACGCCCAAGUUGGAAGAAAAUGCCGCUGUUUCCGCUGUUCAAGAAGCCGCUUCUGCUGGGAUUCAGAGCGUCCAGAAUUUCCUCCGAUUGAUGUCCCAUACCCCUAAUCAACAUCACUCCGAACACGAUUCUUCCACCUCCACUACUCCCAAUGCUGUCGCUCCAUACGAUGCAGUCGCCGAUUCCGUCGUCAACAAUUUCAAGAAGGUCAUUUCUUUGCUCGAUCGGAAUAGAACCGGUCACGCCCGCUUCAGAAGGGCGCCGGUUCUUCAUACUCCCCCGCCGCCUCCUCCACCCAAGGUCAAGCCGUUGCAGCACCAAGAUCCGAGUUCGUCAUCAGCCCCUCAGGUUCAAGUAAAGAAACAGGAAUCAGUCUCUGCUUUUAAGGUUUAUUGCCCCACGCCCUCCUCUGUGGUGCGUUUGCCUCCUCUGCCUCACAACAACCCCCAUCAGCCUUCUCAUCCACCGAAUACUUUCCAAGCACAGCAAAAUACUUCGUCGGUGGUACUAAAAAAUGGGUCUGUAGAUAGAAAAGAUCCGACUACCACCAUCAACUUCGUAGCCUCGCCCCCGAUUUCCGCUGCAAAUUCCUAUAUUUCAUCGCUAACCGGAGACACCGAAAGCUUACAGCCAUCUAUGUCAUCUGGGUUCCAGUUCACCCACAUGUCCCAGGUCUCUUCCGCCGGAAAGCCCCCACUUUCAACUUCCUCGCUAAAGAGAAAAUGCAAUUCUAUGGACGAUUCCGCCAUGAAGUGUGCCUCAUCCUCCGGUCGGUGUCACUGUUCCAAGAAGAGCAGGAAAAACAGGAUAAAAAGAGUCAUCAGAGUUCCCGCGGUGAGCUCCAAACUUGCGGAUAUCCCACCGGACGAUUACUCCUGGAGAAAGUAUGGCCAAAAACCCAUUAAAGGCUCUCCCCAUCCAAGGGGAUAUUACAAAUGUAGCAGUCUCAGAGGCUGUCCAGCACGGAAACACGUAGAACGUGCCUUAGACGAUCCAACAAUGCUGAUUGUAACUUACGAAAACGAUCACAAUCACGCCCACUCCACCGAAACACCUGCAACGCUUGUUCUGGAAUCGUCAUAAUAGUCAACUCAUCCAGCGCCCACAGAUCUCCAUCAAUAUUAUAUAAAUAAAAUUAUAGGGAACCAAUGGUCAACGCUUCUGCUUGAGCACCGUCUCCAAGAAGAUUAGUAGGUGCGCUGCGCGGCGCUGUGCUGUGCUGUCUAAAGAAAAUUAGGAACGCCCCCUUUGGUGUUUUCCUCUUCUCUGUGUGUCCCCUCUCUUAUGAAGGUUUUUGUGUUCUUGGGAUUUGGAAAUUUGAAGGGUGUGGGAUUGGGAGAGAGGAAAAGCAUGGGACGGUGGGAUUUGGUGGGUGUUGAGUCACGCUACUGGUGGGCCUUUUGUUCUCUUUUAUAAACUUUCUUAUGCUCUCCAAUAUUAUUAUUCCUUCACCAUUUUUUUC